AUGGCAACUUCACUUCUAGGGGAGGAGCCGAGGUUGGGAUCGACUCCUUUAGCCAUGUUAGCCGCUACCUGUAACAAAAUAGGGAGUCCGAGCCCUUCACCAUCCACAAUUUCGGAUAACUCCUCGUCGUUUGGGAAAGGAUUCCACCCGUGGAAGAGAGCCGCAGCCAGCAGUUGCAGUCUGGGCUCCGGCCUGUCCGGUUUCGGGGUGUCCCGUAAUGGAUCCGGUAUAUCGGACUCUUUCGGCACCAACAGUUCGAGCGGAUCCAGCGCCUUUUCCCUCACGUCCGGCACCACGUCUACUUCUCACUUUGGAAACGACUACUCGGUGUUCCAGGCGUCCGUCUCCAACAGCUCCCAGGAGUCCAGCCACCAGCCGGUUUUCAUAUCGAAGGUGCACACGUCAGUGGACAGCCUGCAAGGUAUCUAUCCGAGAAUGAGCGUCGCACACCCCUACGAGUCCUGGUUCAAAUCCUCUCACCCCGGGAUCCCGGCGGGAGAGGUCGGCACCACCGGUGCGUCUGCGUGGUGGGACGUGGGAGCAGGAUGGAUUGACGUCCAGAACCCAAACGGACCCGCACUACAGACGUCCUUACACUCCAGUGGACUCCAGACGUCCUUGCACUCUCCUCUCGGGGGAUAUAAUUCCGAUUACUCCAGUUUAAGCCACUCCGCUUUCAGCACAAGUCCCUCUCCGCACCUGUUGACAACCGGCCAGCACCUGAUGGACGGCUUCAAGCCGGUGUUGUCCUCGUAUCCCGACCCGAGCCCGUCUCCGCUAGCCGGGGCAGGGGGAACUAUGCUGUCCGGGGCUCCGCCCGCGUCCUUGGCGGGCUCUCCGCGGUCCUCCGCUCGCCGGUAUUCGGGCAGAGCCACCUGCGACUGCCCCAACUGUCAGGAGGCGGAGAGGCUGGGGCCGGCGGGAGCCAGCCUCCGGAGGAAAGGUCUCCACAGCUGUCACAUCCCGGGCUGCGGGAAGGUUUACGGGAAGACGUCGCACCUGAAGGCGCAUUUGCGGUGGCACACCGGCGAGAGGCCGUUCGUGUGCAACUGGCUCUUUUGCGGAAAGCGGUUCACGCGCUCUGACGAGCUCCAGCGACAUUUACGCACGCACACCGGGGAGAAAAGGUUCGCCUGCCCGGUCUGCAACAAGAGAUUUAUGCGUAGCGACCACCUGAGCAAACACGUAAAAACUCACAGCGCCGGGGGGUCCGCCGGAUCCGGCUCCGGCGGCAGCGGGGGGAAGAGGGGAAGCGAUACCGACAGCGAGCACAGCGCGCCGGGCAGCCCUCCGUGCCAUUCCCCGGACCUGUUGCAACCCCCGGAGUCUACCCCGGGAGGAGGAGGAGGAGGAGGAGGAGGCGGCAUGAACGGCCUCUAA